AGGAGUGACGGGGGGUGGGAGGGCGGUGGGAAACAUGGAGGCCUGGAGUCGCUGAGGAGGAGGAGGAGGAGGAGAGAGGCCGCCGCCGCCGCCGCGACGACGACGACCACGGAGACGGCCGGCCUGGAGCAUGGGCUCGCAGGUGCUGCAGAUCCUCCGCCAGGGCGUCUGGGCCUCGCUGACGGGCGGCUGGUACUUCGACCCGCACCAGAGCAAGUUCUCCAACUGCUUCCACCUCUACGUCUGGCUCUUCCUGCUCUGCCUGCCCUUCCUGCUCUUCAUGGCUUUACCGCCCAGCACCUCCGUUGCCGGCAUCUACUGCGCUGUCGUCGCCCUGUUCUUCACCACGGUCAAGUCUGUCAACUAUCGCCUGCACGCCAUGUUCGACGAGGGGGAGAUCGUGGAGCAGCGGAACCCCUCGCUGGCUGUGGAGGGCAGCAAGCUGGAGGAGUCCGAGCUGGGGGCCAGCGGCGAGGAGAGCAGUGGUGUCAGGGACCCGGGAGGAGGAGUGGAGAUGACGGUUUUUCGAAAGGCUAACACUACUCCGCCCGUGCGAUGCAGCUCUCAGCAUUCUGUCUUUGGGUUCAACCAAGUCUCGGAACUGCUGACACACCUGGAGGACCAUGGUGCUUCUAAAGGUAUCAGAGACCUGGUCCGCGAACAGGGCAGCAAAAACGUCAUUGUCACUUCGGCCGACAGGGAGUUACUGAAGCUGAACGCGUUGGACCCGGCAGACGCGCAGACGACCAAGGAGUGCCUGAUGCUGCCCGAGGCCUGCCAGCUGGACACGUGCCCUGUGGCCAAAAGGCUGCCGCCGCUGCCCACCCAGACGGUGCUGCAGUUCUGCGCCGGGCUGGAGCCCGCCCCGUCCCCCCUGCCGCCUCUGACCCCGGUGCCGGCCGGCCCUCCCCCUCAGCGGCCGGCCGCCCAGGCCUGCGGCCUCCACGCCCUGCCCUUCGGGCUGCUUGACCAGCUGGGGGGUUGGCACCCCAGCGAGCCCCAGAGCCUGUGCGAGGCCCUGCUCGGCCCCCUGCUUCUGCGGCGGCCUGGUGGCGUGGACGACGAGACGGGGCGGGGCGGCCAGGAAGCCCGGAGCCCCGCCAAGGCAGCCGGCUCCACCGACAGCUGCCUCAGCGAGAAGACCGGCUCCACCCGCCUAGAGAGCCCCACCCCGGCGCCUGGGGCUGGUGGGGGCGAUGCCGGGGCACCCCGGGCCCUGGCGGGGAAGGUGGGAAGCGACACCGACUUGUCCGACAGCGAGCUGGCCCCCACGCCCGAUCCCGGGGAGACCACCGUCGCCGCCUCGCCCUUCCCCGGGGCCCUGGACCCUCUCACCUCCUCCUGGCUGGAGGGCAGGCUGUCCCCCUCGCAGGAUGCCGAGCAGUCGGUGAGGCCCAAGGACCUGCGGCUAGUGAGGCGGCGGGGCCCAGCCGGGAAGAAGCCCAGUGGCCGGCGGAGGAGGGGCCGGGUUGGGGUGUUUGAGCGUGGCCCGCCGCCCCGGUCUUUCGCCGGGGGCUCUUCGGAGGACGAGGACUCUAGCGAGCCCAGCGACGCCUCCAGUCUGCGCUCACAGCCCCGCUACAGCAGCUCGUCCAGCUCUUCUACCGCCACCUCCCCUUCCUGCUCCCCGCCCACCGCCAGCACGGCUGCCCGCCGCAGGAGCCGGCGCCCCGAGCGCGAAUCCACCCCUAUGCCCUCUCCGCUGGCCCACAUCUCUGGGGCGGGCGGGGGAGGAGGAGGAGGGGCGGGUGAGCAGCUGCCUGGCGGUGUCCGCGUCCUGACCGCCUCCAAGUCGGACCUGGAGGCGCGGGAGGGCGAACCGAGGGGCCGAGAGCGCCUCGCCCAGCGGCUGGAGUCCAUCAGCAGCUCCUGGGGACACUCGGUCAGCCCAGCCAGCUGGGCGGCCGCCCUCACCAGCGAGGGGGCCAUCGGAGGAGCUGCCGCCCCUGACGACGCGGGAAAGCGGGAGCUCAGCAGCAGCAUCAAGCGGACGCAGGCGAUGAGGCGGCGGCAUAACGCUGGCAGCAACCCCACACCUCCGCCCUCCAUCAUGGGCUCCCCGCCGAGCAUGUGGCACAGGUGGCAAUCCUGGGAUCACAGCCCUGAACUCACUUCGCAGGAACUUGUCCGUCUGCCUGACUACGUCAUCGGCACCAAAAUGGACCCCGACCUCUGGCUGCUCACCCACUUAAGAAGCCUGCAGGACAUCCAGCGGAACCGCGCAGCCUCCCAGUCCCGCGCCCACGGGCUUCCGGCAGCCCUGCACUUUGCCAGCUCACUGCUGUUACCGCGGGGCCCCGUGCACGAGGCUUCCAACUUCGACGACACCUCAGAGGGGGCCAUCCACUACUUCUACGACGAAGCUGGUGUCCGCAGGUCCUACACGUUUGGCCCGACAGGAGGGGGCUACGAGAAUCCAGUGGGUCAGCAAGUGAGCCUGGAGCACGUCAAUAACAAUGCAUGGGAUCACCAUUCCCACUCUUCCAGUUUCACCUCGGCCGACGCGCCCGAUGGGAUACAUCUCCUCCAACCCCGGCCGGUCGUACUGCAGGGAAUGCAGGUCCGCAGGGUCCCAAUGGAAAUUCCUGAGUUGGAUUUUCUGGACCAGGAAUCGCUGCACGAGUCGCAGGAGAACACACUGAUGAUAGAGGAGAAAACCAGGAACAAGCAGUAUUACAAGUUCUGGCUGCUGCCCUGGAAGUGGACACGGAUUCGCUACGAUCGAUUGGCUUUGCUGGCCUUGCUGGACAGAAACCGGCAGGCCUUUGAGAACGUGGUGGCUGUCGGCCUGGCAGCGCUGGUCGCUUUCCUGGGCUUCAUGCUGCUGCUCGAAGGCUUCUUCCGGGACAUCUGGGUAUUCCAGUUCUGCCUCGUCAUCGCCAGCUGCCAGUACUCGCUGCUCAAGAGCGUUCAACCCGAUGCCGCAUCCCCUAUGCACGGACACAACUGGAUCAUCGCGUACAGCCGCCCGGUCUACUUCUGCCUGUGCUGCAUGCUGAUCUGGCUCUUUGACUUUGCCAGCCAGAGCAACCACCUCCAACCCAUCAGCCUCUACGGGAUCACUCUCUUCUCAGCCCAGUCCUUCGCUUGCGCCAGAGACGUGGUGGUCGUCUUCACGCUGUGCUUCCCAGUCAUUUUCCUCGUCGGCCUCAUGCCUCAAGCCAACACUUUCUUCAUGUACUUGCUGGAGCAGCUGGACAUGCACGCCUUCGGGGGCACCGCCACAACCAGCCCCGUGUCAGCCCUCUACAGCUUUGUGCGCAGUGUUAUGGUGGCCGCUCUUCUCUACGGAUUCUGUUUUGGUGCUGUGAAGGUUCCUUGGGAGCCCCAGCACGUGCCUGUUCUGUUCUCGGUGUUCUGCGGUCUUCUGGUCGCCCUAUCGUACCACCUCAGCCGACAGAGCAGUGACCCCACCACCCUCUGGUCCCUGAUCCGGUCCAAGUUCUUCCCUCAGCUGGACAAUCGAAACCCUGAGGACCCGCUGCUAGAAAUCCAGGACCCGCUCCCGGCUAAGCUCAGGAGCUCGGUGCGGGAGAUGCUCCACUCGGACCUGGUCGUGUGCCCAGUGAUUGCCAUCAUUACCUUUGCCAUCAGUGCGAGCACUGUGUUUAUUGCACUUCAGCCGGUGCUGAGUUACGUGCUGUACGCCCUGGCUGGUCUGGUCGGCUUCCUGACGCACUACCUCCUGCCGCAGCUCCGCAAGCAGCUACCCUGGUGCUGCCUCUCACACCCGGUCCUCAAGUCCCGCGAGUACAGCCAGUUCGAGGUCCGAGACGCGGCGCAGCUGAUGUGGUUCGAGAAAGUGUACGCCUGGCUCCAGUGCACAGAGAAGUACUUCAUCUACCCGGCCGUCAUCCUCAGUGCCCUCGCCUCGGACGCCAGUGCCGCCAGCAGCCGUCACAAGCUGGGCAGAUUCACCGACCCGCUCUUCAUAACGGUCGCUGGCAUGAAGCUUCUCCGCUCCUCCUUCUGCUGCCCGUGUCAUCAGUACCUGACCCUCAGCUUCACCGUCCUCUUCUUCCGCUUCGACUACAGCCGCUUUUCCGAGACCUUCCUGCUCGAUUACUACUUCAUGUCCAUCCUCUGUAGCAAGCUCUGGGAUCUGCUGUACAAGCUGCGCUUCGUGCUGACAUACAUCGCCCCCUGGCAGAUCACGUGGGGAUCCGCCUUCCACGCCUUCGCCCAGCCAUUUGCUGUUCCUCAUUCUGCAAUGCUCUUUGUGCAGGCUGUGCUCUCGGCCCUGGUCUCCACGCCUCUGAAUCCCCUCCUCGGCAGUGCCGUGUUCAUUACCUCCUACGCCAGGCCGGUGAAGUUUUGGGAGCGAGAUUACAACACCAAGCGGGUCGAUCACUCCAACACUCGGCUAGCAACGCAGCUGGACCGGAACCCAGGUGCGGAUGACAACAACCUCAACUCCAUCUUCUAUGAGCACCUGACCCGCUCGCUGCAGCACAGCCUGUGCGGGGACCUGCUGCUGGGACGCUGGGGCAACUAUGCCAUGGGCGACUGCUUCAUCCUGGCUUCGGACUACCUCAACGCCCUGGUGCACCUGAUCGAGAUCGGCAACGGAAUCGUCACCUUCCAGCUGCGGGGCUUGGAGUUCCGAGGCACCUACUGUCAGCAGCGCGAGGUGGAGGCCAUCACGGAGGGCGUGGAGGAGGACGAGGGCUGCUGCUGCUGCGAGCCCGGCCACCUGCCCCACAUGCUGUCCUUCAACGCCGCCUUUGGUCAGCGCUGGCUGGCCUGGGAGGUGGCCGCCACCAAGUACGUCCUGGAGGGCUACAGCAUCAGCGACAACAACGCGGCCUCCAUGCUGCAGGUGUUCGACCUGCGCAAAAUCCUCAUCACCUACUACGUGAAGAGCAUAGUCUACUACGUGAGCCGCUCACCGAAGCUGGAGGAGUGGCUGGGCAACGAGGCCAUCCAAGAGGUGCUGCGGCCCUGCUCCAGUCCCGGCUACGCCGACAGCGACCCCACCUUCAACCACAACAUCGACGAGGACUAUGACCACCGCAUGCAGGGCAUCUCCUUGGCCUCCUUCUGCAACGUGUACCUGGACUGGAUCCAGUACUGCGCCGGGCAGCGGGACAAGCCCGUGGAAAGCGACAGGGAUUCCCGGCUCGUCGCCUUGUGUUUCGGGCUCUGCAUCCUGGGCCGCAGGGCGCUGGGGACGGCCUCGCACAGCCUAUCGGCCAGCAGUCUAGAGCCGUUCCUGUAUGGGCUGCAUGCCCUGUUCAAGGGGGAUUUCCGCAUCACCUGCCCGCGGGACGAGUGGGUUUUCGUUGACAUGGAGCUGCUGCAGAAGGUGGUGGCCCCGGGGGUCCGCAUGUCCCUGAAGCUACAUCAGGACCACUUCACGUCCCCGGAUGAGUAUGACGACCCAGCGGUGCUGUAUGAAGCCAUCGCCAGCAACGAGGAGAAGAUGGUGAUCUCGCACGAGGGCGACCCGGCCUGGCGCAGCGCCAUCCUCACCAACACGCAGUCGCUGCUGGCCCUGCGGCACGUGAUGGACGACGGCAGUGACGAGUACAAGAUCAUCAUGCUCAACAGGCGUUACCUCAGCUUCCGCGUCAUCAAGGUGAACCGGGAGUGCGUCCGCGGCCUGUGGUCGGGCCAGCAGCAGGAGCUGGUGUUCCUGCGGAACCGGAACCCAGAGCGCGGCAGCAUCCAGAACGCCAAGCAGGCCCUGCGCAACAUGAUCAACUCCUCGUGCGACCAGCCCAUCGGCUACCCCAUCUACGUCUCGCCACUCACCACCUCGUACGCCGGCCAGCACCACCAGCUCCGCGGCAUCUGGGGCGAGCCCAUCAGCCUGCGCAGCGUCUCCGGCUGGUUCAUCUCCAGCUGGGAGAGGCUGCAGAAGGGCUGCGGGGCGGGCUGCAACAGCGGGGGCAACGUCGAGGACUCCGACUGCGGUGGGGGCUCCUCGUCCGUCAGCAACAACCCAACAGUGCACGUGACCCACAGCAGCACCUUGCAGAGCGGGCUGGGGGCUUCAAACCCCCAGGGUCCCGUCACCACCAGCCAGCCUCAGUCAGGAAGUGAUGCGGGUCCCCAGCUGGGCCCUCCCUGGGCCACCAGGCAGCUCUCGCUCGUGCCCCUGACGGAGCCCCGGCGGGAAGGCGGCAGCUCCCUACAGCGGACCUCCUCCGCCCAAGGCCUCCAGGCCCACCGGCUCUCCUCCAGCCAGCUCUCCUUCGCCAGCUCUGUGGCGGCACCGGCCGAGCGCUUCGGGCAGGGCAGCCAGUCGGACGGCGCUGGGCCGGGCCGGCUCCUCCACCGGGGCGGCCUCUCCUCCUCCUCCGCCGCCAACCUGCCCGGCGACGGGCCCCCCGGCAAGUGGAGCCUGCCCGGGCGGCGGGGAGCCGGCGGUCCCUUCGCCAGCGACUGGGACACGGGCUGCGGGGCCCUGGGCACGCCAGCCAGAGGAAGCCUGCCCAGAACCCAGGUGCCGUGUGACCUCAGCCAAGUCCCCGAAUCGGACGGCUCCUCGCCGCGGUCGGAGCAGGAGCUGGCGGACCUGGCGCCCCAGGUGGGGGUCCCCGAGCUGAAGGAGUGGGAGCCGAAGGAAGAGCCAGAGGCCGUGGCUGUACAGUCGCUACUGGACCACCAGUUCUGACCGAGUGGAGGUGCGAUCGACUCCCGGGAAUCUCGAGCUCCGAUCCCUCACUCCCUCCCUCCCUCUCUCUCGGUCCCUUUUGUGCCUUGCACUUGUGAGAAAUCUUUAAAUUAAAGAUGCGACUGCGUGCGUGCUGAGGACCUCUGACGGUGUCCGCUGAGGGCAGGAAUUCACCCGCGAGCCAGUGCCGGAUCCUCGCCACCACCGUAGUUUGGGCUGGUUUCCAAGCCCCGAACCCGCCCCGCCGUGCUGCCCGACCCCCUGCCGCGGAGCCUGAACUGGCUGGGCACGACCCCGAGUUACACCACCGCGGAGGGGAGGGAGGGGGUGGCCAGUCUUCCGAUCCACCCCUUUCCCGAAAUCCCUGGAGCCUCCCAGCGUCCUGGGCAUGCUAGCCCGGAGGCCGUCCUGUCGGCGCCUCCAGGUGAGGGGGCCGAGCUCCCGAGCAUCGGCCGAACUCUCCUCCAGGCCCGGCGUGGCUGGUGCCCCGUGUCCGAGCUGACUCCAGGUGAAUGAGGGAGACGCAACCUUUCCCCUCUCUGCUCCCGCGUGAGUCGGCGUGCGGUCGUCCGAAUCCCCCCACCCGUUGGAAACGUUGCGCUCAGGAGUUCUGGGGGGGCGGGGGGAGACACAAAUCCAACAAGGAACGAGCGGGCGCCCCAUCACCGAGAUCGGCGCAAACCGGCGAGUUGAACCUUUCAGACGAUCACCACCCUCCCCCUCCAUCCCCCUUCCCCGGGUCAUCUAAAAAUGCCCCUUGCAUCAGGGUAAUGGCUUCAGUGACAGUGGACAGUGGAGCCCGGACGGUGUCGCCGUGGGCCAGAAGAGGCGAGCAGAAGGAGCCCCUGCUCCCCCAACCAGACAGAUCACCACUGGGCGCCCCUGGUCAACUGCAGAGCCCCGCACCUUAACCAACGUUCUAGUUGGGAACUGGCGACAGAUUUGUGUUUUUUUUUAAUAUAAUAUAUGUACUUCUGUUUUGAAUGGACUUUCUUAACAAGAGAAUUGAGCUUAAAAAAAAGAGUUUCUGUUUCUAAUUUAAAAGUUGCUGAUCUCCGAAGUCAGCUGGCGUAUGAUUGCAUCAGAAUAAUCGGCCUGCCCUCCCACUCCUCCACGAGUUUUGUUUUUGCAUUUGCAGCAGGUAUAUUCUCCAGCACGGGCCCUGGCAGUAGCUGAAACUUUAGUUAAAGUAUUCAAUUUGUGUGAGGGGAGGGCCACGGGUGGGUAGAAAAAAAACCUAAUUAUCUAAGGUCUGCCUUUUGCGCGCCAUUUUGUUUCGUUGGCCAUCUUGGUGUUUGCAUUCUCAGUUGCGUCUCGAGUGUUGAUCUUGAAAGGGGGGGGGGGUACAAUUCUAGCAGGAAAUCCUGGUGCCAUUUCAGUGCAACAUCUCGGUUUAAGUUAAAAGCAUUUGAAAUUCCUGUGCAGGUUUACAGGUCUGAUUCUCUGGGCCGUUAAUUCCCCGGUGAUUUUUCUUUCUCUCUCUCUCUCUCUCUCUCUCUCUCUCUCUCUCUCUCUCUCUCUCUCUCUCUCUCUCUCUCGCUCUCUCUCGCUCUCUCUCUGUCGCAUUGCAGUUCAGGCGUUUGGCCACCAGGCAGCGCUGCAGAGUACUUUUCAGAAGCCUCUCUCCCUCUUUUUUGUGGGGGGAGGGGGUGGUGUGUUCAUAUCAUGGUGGUCUGCUAUAUAUUAUUGCUAUUUCAGGCAUAUUUAGUAUUGGGCAUUAACCCUUGCCCUCUCACUGCCCUGGCACACAUUUCCAACAGGUCUGACCCAUUAACAGGCCCUUCUGUUUAAAAAACAGUAGCCAGAGAAGAAAUGGAAACUUGCUUAAGUCGACCCUGGGCAAAAUCCACUUUUACAGACUUCCCCCACCCCCUACAAAAGAAUCCCCAAGAACAACAGAGUGCAGCAGCUCCUUGGAAGAGUGAUCUAAUUAAUUGGGCUGCUUUUUCUCCCCCAAUUCCCUGCUAUAAUUUUAACAUCGAUCGAUCAAAAAUUUACACGGGGCUCUCUCGUCAUUUCGCCCUACACAUAAAGUUGAGUAAACUCCAAACUAAGCCACUUUGCAAAUGCAAUUUCUGUACUUUUCAAUCAAAUCAGGUUUAAUUAUCCACAGAUUAUGCAAGACGGCGCUCCUCCAGUUCAAAGCAACAAGCAAACAUUCAAAAACUGCGUGUAAUGUAUUUCAAAAUAUCAGCUGGAAAUUGAUGCACCGGGAAGUUAAACUGUGCAGGUUGGUUGGACAGAGCUCUGCCUGAUCCACACCAUCCUUGCCCUGCGGUGUGUCUGACAGGAGAGUGUAGCUAGAGGGAGCUUCUCUCUGUGCCUAACCAGCGCUGUCUCUGCCCAGGGAGUGUGUGAUGUGAAAGCCCUUUGACACCAGACUGUGCCAAAUGCAGUCUGGUAACCUGCGCACUUCCUUCGCUCUGCCCAAUCCCUUGUGUACUUCAGUAAACUGAGAUAAGACUGGUAGGGCAUCCCACUGUAAGUGGCUUUAGUGCUAGCACCCAUUAAACACAAGGCCAAGCACACAACAGGAUUUCAGAGUUCCACUGUACCUCCUUGGCCCCCUUGCAGUUUACUGAUCAUUUCCUGUUUUCUCUCUUCCCCCCCCACCUUCCCUCCUCCCCCUCCCCGCCCCACUGCCGCCUGUAGUCAGCCCGUAUUCUCUCAGUUGUCACAGCGUUCCCUGACCUAUCCAUCUCCAUAUAGAAGUGACCAGGACUGCUUGACCACUGCCACCACUGUGAUUUCUGAAACAGCAAAUACCCCACUCGGACUACAAUACCAUACCCCCUCUACAUCCCCAUCCUCCACCCCCUUGAAGUCUUAAUCAAACCUACCGGAUUUCUUGAGAAGUCCGCAUGUUCCUGCCUCUCUCUCCCCCCCCCCCACCCCUUGUGUGAAUAUUUUCUUUAAUCUCUCCCCACGUGUGAACUAAGGUUAACAUUACACAUUCGUAUGUCAACAGUCACACUGCAGUUCUGAACUCUGGCCACUAGGUGGUGAAUUUUUAAAAAUCAACCAGGUCAACAGGGACAUAAACCAAUGGGAAAAUUGCUGCCCAUGUUCUGACAUUUCAGUAUCCAAACUCUUAAUUAUUCUGAUGUGCAAAUCUGACCCACACCAGCUCUCACCCCACACAGAGUUGCAUUUGUAAGUUGUACACUGCAGGUCAGUGACUAUCCUUCAUGUACAAAACCCAGUCCGCCGACGCGCACUUCCCUCCCUCGUAUCCACUACCUGCGGCCCCUCCCAGCCAGGAGGCCCUUUGCCCUCCAUGGCCCAUCUGGUGAACACUGCUGAGGAGUAAUCGGAAUCCGGCGCCCCCUGUCCCGAGACUGUCAUCCUGUGGCGCGACCCCCACCUCCUCCUCUGGGGUCUGCAGUCCAUCCCCACCACACUACGUAGUAGGGAGGCGCUGGAGCCCCUCCACGCCCUAUACUCACCUCACACUCCCUUCCCUGCAGCCUGCCAACCUCUCGCUGCCCCCUCCUCGUCCAGUACCACUGCCGAGGAGAUGGACAACUCUUUUAUAACACUACCCUUCCAGGCCACCACUGCCCAAGUGGGGGCGGGCUUUGGCCCUCUCGGCCCAAUCCGCAAAUGACUUUGGCUCCUCGCCCUGACUGACAGGUAUACAACCCAUUGGCAAGGCCUCGUGGGAGGGAAGGGGCAGAGCCCAGGCCAAAGGGGAGAAAGGGUGAUGUACGGAGGGUACCUUUGGGACAAUCCCUGAAGAUGCAGACAAUCUUUUUUUUGUAAUCAGUGUACAGUCUUGGCAGGGCUUGGUUUGAUCACCUAGCUACUGGCUUUAUUUAUAUCCCAAUGAGCUUCUGUCUCAUUUCUCUUUUUGAUUUGUAGAAAUUGAAAUACGAACUUCUGUAAAUAACUUUGGAAGGGAAAAAAUAUCGUCCUGUAAACUUUGAAAUGGCGAAUUGUUUUAUACAGCAUUGUUAAGAGAGCUUGUACACUAUCAGGAAUUGUUCAAACUGUAUUGUAAUAAAAGGUUAUUUCUAAAUUUUAGAA